CAAAGUGUAUUUAAAAAAAAAAAAAAAAAAAAUCGGUAGCGGAAGUGUGGGCGGAGCCUAAACAACUUCACGACAAAAUGGCUGCGAUCACGAAGAACGUGGAAGAGAUUCGGAAUCGAGUAAUUCUUGGAGAAUUUGGGGUGAAAAAUGUUCAUACAACGGAUUACCCGGGAAACUAUCCAGGCUAUGAUGACACGUGGGAUUUGGAAAAAUUCCAAAAGAACUUCAGAAUCGAUGUCGUGAAUCUGGACGAGAGCAGCAUGGAGUUUGACAUGGUGGGAAUAGAUGCAGCCAUCGCCAACGCCUUCAGGAGGAUCUUACUGGCGGAGGUGCCCACCAUGGCCAUAGAGAAGGUGUUUAUCUAUAACAACACAUCCAUCGUACAAGAUGAAGUCCUGGCCCACAGACUAGGACUGAUCCCCAUCAAAGCGGACCCACGCCUGUUUGAGUAUAGGAACACUGUUUCAGGUGACGAGACGGUCGAGGAAGAAGGAUCAGAGAUAGACACGAUUCAACUGCAGCUGAAGAUUAAAUGCAGCAGGAACCCCAGAGCCAGCAAAGACUCAUCGGACCCCCGAGAGCUGUAUCUGAACCACAUGGUUUAUUCCAAGGACAUAAAGUGGGUCCCCAUUGGAAACCAAGCUGACGUUUUUGUGGACUCGGGCAUCGGACCCGUACACGACGACAUCCUUGUCGCUCAGCUACGACCAGGACAGGAGCUGGACAUUACUAUGCACUGUGUCAAAGGAAUCGGUAAGGACCAUGCUAAGUUCUCUCCAGUGGCCACGGCCAGUUACCGCCUUCUGCCAGAGAUUACGCUCCUGGAGCCGGUGGAGGGAGAGAUGGCGGAGCGUUUAAAACGCUGCUUCUCACGGGGAGUUAUUGAGCUGGAGGAUGUGAAUGGGACAAAGGUUGCCAAAGUAGUGAACAGUCGCCCGGACACGUGCAGCAGGGAAGUCCUCCGACAUGAUGACCUGAAGAACGUGGUGAAACUCGGGAGAGUGCGAGACCAUUUCAUAUUUACCGUGGAGUCGACGGGCAUCUUACCUCCAGACGUGCUGGUCACAGAGGCCGUCAAAGUCCUCAUGACCAAGUGUCAGAGGUUUCUCGGUGAACUGGACUCUAGUGAAAUGGAGUAAAACGGUGACUGUUCAUGCUCAGACCCACAAAGAGGUCCUGGUGUUUGAAUAAACCUACUAAGAAUUAUGACUCGCGCUUACAGUGGAAUGGCUACAAACUGUACUGUUUUCAUAAAGAAGAUAUUGUCUUGGUUGGUAGACUUGCCAGUAAAUAUGUAUAUACUACUCUCUCUAGUUUUUGUACACUUUUGAUUUAUUGAGCAGCUAAGUUUCUAUGUCAUCACAUGAAAGAUGCUGUAUUUAAUAAAAAACAUCAAACAUAUUUAAAUGUCCAGACAUACUGUACAAUUUUCUGUAUGGAUCUGUGCAUAACAUAGGAUAAUAAAAGAAAGGAGAAGUAAACUUCAA